AUGUUCACCUUUACGCCUCUUCUCGGGGCCCAGUCCUCGUCCUCGAAGGCCUCGCAGUCGAUCCUGGAACUGGAUGGUGGGAUCAAGAUUCUCGUCGAUGUCGGCUGGGAUGAGACGUUUGAUACUUUGGCGUUGGCAGAGUUGGAAAAGCAUAUUCCUACUCUGUCGCUCAUCCUUCUGACACACGCGACUCCGGCGCAUAUCGGCGCUUUUGUCCACUGCUGCAAGGCAUUCCCUCUCUUCACCCAGAUCCCGGUCUACGCGACGGGCCCGGUUAUUUCUCUUGGACGGACUCUUCUCCAGGAUAUCUACGCUUCUGCGCCGCUAGCCGCGACGUUUCUGCCCAAAGCAUCCAUCACGGAACCCGGUGCGUCGACGUCGGCCGCGUCUGCGGGGGCGUCGGUGCCGGGAAACGAAGGGAGCAGCAACAAUGAGCAUGGCACCGCGGGCGGCAUUUUGCUUCAGCCUCCUACUCCGGAGGAGAUAGCGCGAUAUUUCUCCCUCAUUCAUCCGUUAAAAUAUUCGCAGCCUCAUCAGCCGCUUCCCUCGCCGUUUUCGCCACCCCUCGAUGGGCUCACUCUGACCGCCUACAGCGCCGGACAUACCGUGGGAGGAACGAUAUGGCAUAUACAACAUGGAAUGGAGUCUAUCGUCUACGCGGUGGAUUGGAAUCAAGCGAGAGAGAAUGUCAUCGCUGGUGCUGCGUGGUUCGGAGGCGCUGGUGCUAGUGGGACAGAGGUCAUUGAGCAGCUACGCAAGCCGACUGCGCUGAUCUGUAGUAGCAAAGGCGGAGACAAAUUUGCGCCGACUGGCGGUCGGCAGAAGAGAGAUACUCUGCUUCUGGAUAUGAUCCGGAGCAGCGUUGCCAAAGGAGGCACCGUACUUAUCCCCACGGACACCAGUGCUCGAGUCCUGGAACUUGCCUACACGCUCGAACACGCCUGGCGUGAUGCGGCGGAGUCUACGGAUAGCGACAAUGCGCUUAAAGGCGCAGAGAUUUACCUGGCAGGGAAGAAGGCCCACACCACCAUGCGGCUGGCAAGGAGCAUGCUGGAGUGGAUGGAUGAGAGCAUUGUCCGGGAAUUCGAAGCUGCAGAGGGUGCUGAGGCGGCUGGCCGGACACAGAGGACCGACGGCGAGGCUAAACAUGGGCAGAGCCAGCAAGAUAAGAAGACAAGAGCUGGGCCCUUUACUUUGAAGCAUCUCAAAAUCGUUGAACGCAAGAAGAAGCUUGAGAAAAUUCUCACAAACGGGGCACCAAAGGUCAUUCUCGCCUCCGAUUCCUCUCUGGAUUGGGGUUAUUCGAAAGAGACGCUCCGCUACAUAGCCGAGGGCUCACAGAACCUGAUCAUUCUAACAGAGUCAUUUCCUUACCGGCGUCCGACUGACGAUCCUAAAGAGCCGGAGAGGAUGACUCUGGGUCAUUUGAUAUGGCAGUGGUAUGAAGAGCGGAAGGAUGGUGUGGCGAUGGAAAAAACUCCUGAUGGAGAGCUGCUCGAGCAAGUCCACUCUGGGGGGAGGGAACUACCAGUGACGGAGGUUCAGCGAGCGCCGCUCGAUGAAAACGAGCAGCUGCUGUAUCAGCAAUAUCUCGCCACGCAGAGGCAGCUGAAGAAUACGGCACAGGGAAGAGGUGAUACCACCCUCGACACUACUGCCGACGGGCUUGAUGACGGCGCGAGUUCGACAUCAUCAGAGGAUUCCGAGUCGGAGCAACAAGGCCGAGUCCUCAACUUUUCGACGUCUCUGGCCCAUUCCAAUCGGAACAAACUCGGAUUGAGUGAUGAAGACCUUGGCGUCAAUAUCCUUCUGCGACGAAAGAACGUCUUCGACUACGACGUCCGUGGCAAGAAGGGACGCGAACGAAUGUUCCCAUAUGUCGUCCCCAGGAAGCGGGGAGACGAAUACGGGGAGUUUAUCCGCCCUGAGGAAUACUUACGAGCCGAGGAGCGCGAAGAGGAUGAGGUACAGCAGCAGCGGAAGGCUGAUGCUCGCAGCGAGACGAAGCUUGGACAAAAACGUCGCUGGGACGAGACGGGGCCGAAUGGCAGACGGCCGUCGGGAGGUGCGAGCAAACGCCAGGCGCUGGCACGAGACGGGCAGAGUGCAGGCAAUCUUGAAGACGAACUGAGCUUGCCAGACGACAUUCCUGUGGACGGCGAGGACGCAGCGUCGUCUGAGGAUGAAGUGGAGGAAGAAACAUUCCAAGGGCCAGGGAAAGCGGUGUACAACCGAUUCACGAUUACCAUCAAUGCACGCAUUGCCUUUGUGGACUUUAUGGGGUUGCAUGACAAGCGCAGUUUGGAGAUGCUCAUUCCCCUGAUCCAGCCACGGAAGUUGAUCCUCGUUGGUGGCAUGAAAGACGAAACGACGAGUCUUGCCGCGGAAUGUCGGAAUCUGCUGGCCGGCAAGGAUGGCGUUGACUCGUCUGCAGUGGACAUCUUCACCCCGGUCAACGGGGAGACGGUUGACGCCAGCGUGGAUACGAAUGCGUGGGUCGUCAAGCUGAGCAACAACCUUGUCAGGCGUCUGAAGUGGCAGCAUGUCCGGAGCUUGGGGGUUGUUGCUCUGACGGCGCAGUUAAAGCCGCCGGAGGUUCCACCAUCCAGCGAAGAGUCUCCGGAAUCGGCGAACAAGAAACAGAAGCUGCUAAAGGAAGGGUCAGACACGGUUUCGACCCCUGCCGACAGCGCGUUGAAGCCUGAGGGCACCAAGGUUGAGACUUACCCGGUGCUGGACGUGCUACCACCGAACAUCGCGGCUGGGACACGGUCCAUGACGCGGCCGCUGCACGUGGGCGAUCUCCGGCUGGCGGAUCUGCGCAAACUGAUGCAGGCAGCCGGGCAUACGGCCGAGUUCCGGGGCGAAGGCACUCUGCUGAUUGACGGGCUGGUGGCAGUUCGGAAGUCGAGCACGGGGGCGAUCGAGGUCGAAGCGUCGGCUCAGUCGUCGCUAACGACGGGCAAAGAAGAGGGAAGCUUCCUGGCUGUGAAGCGGAAGAUCUAUGAAGGUCUUGCUGUGGUAGCGGGAGGAUAG